GGACUGUCCCAGCCCCCGCAGGGCACCGCCCGCUGCGGCACGGCGCCCGACGGCGGCGCCGCGGCGGGCAAGCUGGCGGCGAGCGGCGCCACCCUGCCGGCGCCGCUCGGGGGCGCCGCCACGCCGUCUCCGCACGAGGGGUCGCCCGGCUGGGACAAGGCGGGGCGGCAGCCGUGCACCGACACGGUGGUGGCGCCCCCACGGCCGUGGGUGAGCCCGGAGCGGGCCGCGGGCCUGACGGUGCCAGCGGCGGCAGUUGGGGUGCUCACCGUCUUGGUGGUGUCCGUCGUGCUGCUCGUGGAGCACUGGGAAGACCUGGUCUGGAAGGGUGUGUGUGGCCUCUUCAUCGGGAUCUCAGCGGUCCUCCUGGCAUUCUUCGUGGCGCACCUCGCAGGCGACUGGUGCGACUUCAGGAGAGGCUGGUGGAGCACCUGGCCAUCCCCAGCCGCCCGCGCUCGGGCGGAGGCCAGGUCGCGAGG